AAAGUGGAGUCGUACUAUUUUCUUUGAGUAGCUUGGUUAGCCAGCUAGCAGAUGUAUGUGUAUUUAUUUAGUUAAUAAUUAAUAUAUAUUUAUCAGCGACAUUGCUAUUUGCAAAAGCAGACAUCAUUAAGAGUUUUAGAAGCGACAAAUAUGUUUUUUUGGCCAACUUAAACAGAAACGUCAUGAAGCCAGAGAGUUAGAAACGUCGUAAAACUGCUGCUAACAGACAUUAGCUCAGGUUAACGUUACGCCAACGUGGUCUGUUUAACACUUGCUAUGCCUGAGUGUGUGUUUGUUGCGCAGUUUGCUGUGACUUUGUUAGCAUAAACCGUCGUGGAGCAGGAAGAUUCGGCACUGCCAGCAUUUCAAAUCAGUAUCUACUCCCCCGCGGACAGGCUGAGCAAACCAAUUGGAUUAUCGCAUUUUCUAGCACCUCCGACAACAGCUACUUUUACCUGUGUAGCAGCUGAUAACCGUGAAAGAUGCAAAUGCACAGGCCUGCUGUAAUUUAACCUCCCUCAAAGUGUCAGAGAUCGUAACUCAGCUGUUACCUCACCCAGCAGCCGCAUAACACGUCUAAAGUUACUGCAUCACCAUCCUACAGCGGGUUUUUGAUGCAAUCAGGCUGCACAACGUUGUCUUGCAAGACGCUUUUGCAAGAAUCAGGGAAGUAGUUGUGAUGUUUGAUGCAUUUGUCAACUGCACUUGACUUUUUAGUUCAACUCCGACAUGAACUGGGACAAUCAGCUGAGCACCAUUCUGUCAGUAGCAGAUGGCAACGUUGCAAAAAUGAGGGAAAGGCUCGUGUCACCUGGGAAAUUCUGCAAAGGGGGAGAAGAUCUGUUUCCAGCGAGGGAAAGGGUUCAUGAUUCAGAUCUGGACCCUCCUGCUCUUCCCCCUCGAGCCCCUCUCCAUCGACAGCCUUCCCCUUCUCUCAGUCCUACUGUUCAGUGGUCAGAAAUCGCUUCCAUCCAGUCACAGCUCCAGAUACAGAGCCAGGCGAUUGAGUCCCUCACCCAGAAACUCCACGACAUGGAAAGGGAGAGACAAUCUCAACGAUGUCACAUUCAGACCCUACAAGAGGAAGUUCACAGGCUGCGUGAGGAGCUGAGGGAGAGGGAGAUGGAGAGGGAGGAAUCGAGGAGGGGACAGAGUCCGGGAGCAGAGAGGAGGAUGGAGCAGUGGAGGAGAGAGGUUGGACGUGAGCUGAGCAGUCUGCGGGGACACAUCACCCGAGCCACGUCGCUAGGCAACCUGGAGGAGAGUCAUUUAUCCCUCAGUUUCAGCUCAAAGCUCCGCCGAGAGGAGCUGGAACACCUGCGGAGAGAGUUGGACCAACUGAAAACAAGGCUAAGGAGGCAAGAGGAGGACGCUUUCCUCCAGCAGGCCGAGGCCAGAGAGACCAGGAGGCAGUACGAGCGCAGCUGCAAGAUGCUGGAGGAGCUGACAGACAGCUACAGAACUCACAGCACUGAUCUGACAAAGACGCUCGCUCAGUAUUCUCGCACACAACAAGAGGUCCAACAGAUCAGGACAACUGUGUCAGAGCUGAAGGAUGAGGUCAGGAAUCUCGUCAUCCGAGAACCUACACCUUUGCUGUCAGCUCACACAUCAGGGGCCUCACCGCUCCCGCUCCCGCUCCCUCACAGCCACAGCAGAGUUGUCAGAGUCGAGGAGCCAGAGUCUGACUCAGAAGACUUUAGCCCGACUCCGAGCCUGGCCGAGGUCAGCUCGGAUGAUCUGUCAUGGCUGGAUGAAAAAGAUCCCGCUCUUCAUCAGAAGCCACGAGUACGCCUGAGCGUUCAGUCUAGACGGAGCCACUUUGCUGGUCCAGGAUCAGAUCUGGAGGAUGAUGACGAUGAGGAUGGUGGUGAUCUUCUCGAUGACGAUGUGAACCCAGACUUGGGAUCUGACAUAAGUCUUAAUGACCUCUGAACUUUCACAUGUUUAUUCUUCAUGAAGGUGAGAUUUAACAGAGACGUUUCUUCUCACUAGCCUAUUGCACUACCUGAGACAUAUGAAUACUUUGAAACUGAAUUCAUUUUGCCAGUACAGUUCAGACGUACAGCUCUGUUUUGAACCCCAACAUUUUAAAAAUAGGAACAGUCAGGAUAACACAAACAACCAUAUGGCUUAUUUCCUUUUGGGUCCCACGAGGAGGGGAAAGAUAACAAAGGAUUUCAAGCAGCAGACUUGGCACAGCACACAUAUAACAACAAGUAAUUAAAUCAUCCUACUUAGUGUUAUUAGUGUUGCUUAACAGACCUGCUCGUCAUAGUUCAUAUCUUUUUUGGGAAAACCUUGUUAAUGUGGGAAAUUCUUGAAUGCUAUUUUUAAACUGUUAUUUGUCAGAGAACCAGAAGAGUUGAAAUCAGGACAGGCCAAGUUUUUUUUUUUUUUUAAAUGACACACUCAAACACUUGCUAACAUCUUGUGCUUAAACAAAUCGCCUAAAUGUUUAUCAAAAGCUGACUCAUUCAUGUCAGUUUGUUUCAAAUGCUGUUCUUCAAAGCGUUGUUUUCCCGUCUGCCUAUCUGCUACAGUUAAGGACGGUAAAGUCCCCACAGAUUCUCUUUAAAUAAUAUAACUGUCUCCACAUGUACGGGCCGAUAGGUUGCUGGGAACAAACUGUGGAGUGAGGCAGCUGUUUAAAGAGUUCUUUGUAAGAGCUGCUCAUUCAAAAAACCCAAUUUGUUUCAUGUCGGUGCCAGUAAAAAAAAAAAUAAAAAAAUAGAAGCGCUUUUGUAAAGUGCAUUAUUUCUAAGUGUAAUCCAUCCAAAGAAUAUAAUGUUUUAAUUGUUGCCACACCCUCUGCUCUCAUGCUGCACUGUACUGACAAUAAAUUAUGGGUCUUAGCAGAGUUAAGGACAGCGCUUGGUCCGCUAAACCACAAGGUUUGGCUUUAGGCGGAAUGAGAUUAAAAAUAGUUAUGUUUAGGUCUGCUAUGAUUGUGGAUUGUUGGGGUUAGGUAAAGGUUUGAUGUGGGCAAGACUUUAAUCUUUGCCCAGAGCUAAAGUGAGAUCCAUAAAGAGACACAACUCAACACUUUGCUUUGUGGAGCACAGCACUGGUUUGCAAACAAAGAACCCGAACUUAAGUGGUUUUACAACUUUCUCUUUUCUCUUGUCAAUGAUUUAACCCUUACAAACUCAUCUCCAUGUAUCAAAGUCAGAUGUAUAUAGAAGUCUUUCCUCAUGAAGAUGGUCUCUUCCUGAACUUAAAGUGAUUUUUGCAGUUCUAUGAAUUCCACAUCUCUCGCUGCAGCUCGAGCACGCCAGCUCAACCAGAACUCUGCUAAACCACUGUGAAAUGGCUCUAUGCUACACAUUAAGUGGUGACAUUGUAAUUCAGUCAUACAUGCUCAAACCAGAAAGAGCAAUGAUACAGAAUGACCUACCCUGCAAGUGCAUGGGAUUGAUUCCUCCGGUUGGUUAUGUUUGGUUUGGUAAACCGUCUGAAUUUCUAUUUUUGAGACUGUCAUCGCUACACUGCAGUUUCAGUGGCAUUCAUGUGUCUUCUGGUAUGUAAAAAAACACCAUAUAGAAAUGUUAGUAAGGAUAACACUAGGGUGGGUCUUUAAAGUUCAAGUGAUCAUGGCUGGCACGGUCUCAAAAGUUACUGUUCAUUCUUCAUCGUGGCAGAGUAAUGGAUAUUUAAUGGGGUUUUCAUCCUGCCAUAAUGCACUCUUCAGUCCAGCAGGAAUCUGAUGAGGGAUGGGGUUUUGAUUCCUGGUAAUGCAGCAGAAGUGAUGGCAAAGAGGAAUCAAAAGCUAUUACUGUUAUCAAGGCGCCAGUGCCUCACCACCUCCACUGCGAUCUUCAUGUACACAGAUCUCAGUUGAGACAGUCGAGGGUCCCUUUAUGCCGUUAUGUCUGACAUGAAUCUCACAUUGCCGGGCGAGGUGUCGAGCUGUUAAAUAUUUCAGCUUCCAGACACCCCCCCAUCAAGGAUCCCAGACCACAGUGCAGAGCUUACAGACCGGGUAGCUGUUCAGUGGGGUGCAUAUAUGGAGGCUUAGGUGGUAAAAUUUACCACACACUGUUCAGCUCAUGUAACAAGAGGGAUUGUCUCACUGGUCCAUAGUGAGCAAUAAAAGACCCUCUCGAAAACAAUAAAUGGCACAGAGCAGAACAUAACAUUUUCACAAACCUCUUCUUGCACACAAUCCUUGUGAAACUGCUAAUGUUGUGGUUGGAGAGACGUUUAAUGAAGGAAAGGCUCGUCUAUUUGUCAUGUGGCCACGUAAUGGCUGAUGAAUCAGACCUUUUUACUGCCAUUUUAUGGCAUUUGCCAAGUAUUGUGCAGUGGUGCUGCAGUAAAGCAGUGCAUUGAUUCAUUCACUGAAGAUCUGUAAAAGAAUUGUUUUGUGUUUUGUCUCCAACAAUAAAAGUCUGUGUUACAAGCGA